AUGGAUGUAAGGGAAGUUUGCAGGCUUUGUCCUUUUGGUGUGGACAAAGCCAAGUUAGUUAGUGUUUUUGACGAACGACUUUCGGCCAGAAGCAGAAAUUACAUAAAAAAAGCGAUUUUGGUUGCUACUGGAAUUGAGAUAGGAGAUUAUAGUUGCAAUGGAAAAUCAAGGAAAAACGGUUUGGAAAUAUCCAGAAAAUGUAAAUGGCAAUUGGUGUGUCCUGAACUUUCAAGGCCUGCAGAUACAAUUCUAAUGGAUAUUGAGGAAUAUUUUGAGGAGCAACCAGGAAUACACAUAUCGACAUGCCGGGAUGCCUACAUACCUACAAGACUGUUUUCAUGACGUCAUAGCAGAGGAAGAAAGUAUAUUUAUUUUACAAGAAACCAAAUAAUUAUCGUGCAUUGUAUUUUAA